AUGGAGGACGAUGGAAACAUUUUUGGAGCGUCGAGUUCUUUCCACCCCCAGGACGACCCACUCUCUACUCGUCUCGAGCUUCUAGGAUCACAACUCGCCUCCUACAUCGACUCCAACCACAGUCUCAGUGACGAUUUCGAUCGAAUGAUCUUCCGCCACUUCUUCACCGCAUCGAACGUAGCGGUGUUCGCUACGACGCUCUGCCGCAAACGACACUACCAAUACCCAAUAAUACAUUGGCCGACACUCGUCCUUGAAGACAUUUCGCUUCCCCUGCUCCUGGCAAUCUCUUUGACAGGAGCCGCCUACUCGAUCCACGAAGAACAUGGCAAAGAAAACAUCACCGUCGCAAGAAGUUUCUAUAGAUUGGCCGAUUCCUUUGUCUUUGACCAGCUGGACAGAGUGCUCGAAGAACGUCCAACUGAAGCUGACAUCACCACAGCUAUACAGGCCUGCCAAGCCGGGCUGCUCAUGUAUGCAUUGAAAGAUCUUCUCGUGAGCGACGCGACCGCAAUAUCUACUACGGUCUUCACCCGACUGCCGAAUCUCGUGUCUGCAUUACGCCGAUUGAACUUCACUGGCUGCCGACACAGCGAUGAUGAAGACCCGCACCUCUUCCUGUGCCGCGAACAGAUUACUCGACUGGUCGCCUGGACCUAUUGCGCAGACUGUCUCGCAACGUUGUGCUACAACAAGCCGCCGUGUUUCUCCUUGACCGAGAUGACUGGGGACCUUCCAUGCGAUCCUGCGCUGUGGGAGACUGGCGCGCCGUAUGCGGAGGUAAUACGGCGGUAUCCGAGGCCAAGCUCGUCCAAGUCCCUGGUUGAGCUCAUGUCACAGCUGCUCGCUGACGGCCGACCAUCUGAUUGCGAGCUGGAGCACUUACCGGUUUUUCACGUGCAUGUUAUGCUAUGUGCUAUCCAGCCGAUAAUAUUCAACUUACACGUCUCCAUGGCUCUGGAGCAACAAGCAGAGAAAUUGCUACAUGCUUUGGAUAAGUGGCGAGGCCUCUGGCGAGAGACACUCGAGCUACUCACAGACGAAGAUCGCAAAUGGCUGGGCGUAGCGAAAUAUAUCUCUGGUCUUGAGCAUCUGUCUAGGAGGAUUGUUGAGGUCGCGAUCAGCGCCGACGCUGCGAGUUCGCAAUACCUGCGCCGGUUACCAUCAACCAGCUCCAGGUAUCUGCAUACGUUUUUGCGAACGUUUGUUGUCUGA